AUGGUAUACAUCAAUCACACGCAGCUGCGCGGGCCAGCGGAGAUAACCCGCAUUAGCCAUGACAAGCUCAGCGGCACCACUCUAGGCUAUCCAGCAGGUAGCAGUGCAGGAAGCUCGGUAACCAGUCUCUGCAGUCCCUCCGUAGCCGCGAGCUCAGCCGGUUCGAGCGAGAUACUGGUCGGACUUGGCAUCUCCACUACCACAUCGGGCCUUAAACUAGACGAUCACCAGCUGCCCAUAACGCCUAGGCCGUCCCGUGGCCAUUGCGUUGGAGGCAAUGUUCCCGCAUGUCUUCAGAACCAACUAGACAAGCCCCUCCCACCACUGCCAUUACGCGCGAGUGCUCGGGACCACGGUCUCGCCAAGCACUAUCCCUUACCCCCUCGCCCACAAGGGCGGAAGCACUGGUCGCUCCCCAACAAGCCAGAAGCUCAUGACCUAGCGGCCCUGGAUCACGCCUUCGCCAGAAAAGGCCUGCGCAGCAAUCCGCUGCAUCGCCUCCGCGUCCACCGUCCCCGCCAUGAUCUGCCUACAGCAGUGAAUACAGAGCACACAGAGCCAACUCCAGAUAGACUCACGUCCCGACGCUGGUUAGUGCGGGGGCGGACGCUUACGCGGGCAUUCCAGCACUUCCGGCUACCACGGCUACCACGGCUACCACAAAAGCCAUCCCACGCCAUUCGCCAGUCCAUCCGCCCUGUUGGAGAGGCGUCCACGCAGCCUCCACUGUGCCACACGCUCUCGAGAACCACAGGGCCGAAUGGGCCGCCAAUUCACGCCCACUCUGGGGCGGCUACGCGCAUGAAGCGCAUCCUGUCUAUUCUACUGGAAAACCGAGCCUCCCUCUGCAUGCCCGAUAUGCCCGAGGCAGACAGGGAGCGAUAUGCGGGUAAUUUCAUCGAACAGGCCCAACGACUGGUGCUGGACUACUUGCAGCCAACCUUGUCGACCGCGUACGCUGGCUCCUCCGGGCCCAUAGUUCCGGUGCCUCGACCCCGUCACAGUAUCUACGAGCUCGGCGUGCGGACACGGGUGCUAUCCCACCCGUGUGCAUCGUCUGCAUUGAAUGUGCCGGUCCCCGUCAUGCGGCGAAUUCUGCAGCAGGUUGACUGCCUCGAGGAUCUCUUCUCUCUGGCCCGAGUCAAUCGUGCGGCAUACAAGGCUUUCAAGGCACACGAGCUGCCCCUGAUUCAGGGAACGUUGUGGAAGGUAUCCCCGCCGGCAUGGAAGCUUCGCCAGGUCUGUGAAAUUCCUAUUCGGUAUACUAAAGAGGAUUCCGAUGGCUCACCGCUGGCGGCGAGUCUCUACCUGCGGCACUACGCCCGCGACCUAGACACGCUCGUCCGAAUCAAGCUCCUAAUUUGGUAUUAUUGCCGGGCAGUUGUACGAGAAGAGAUGAUGACGGCUCUAUGCGAACCUGACAGCGAACAGGGCGCCGCGGUUGACGACGCCAACUGGCGCGUAUGGACCUUCUGCCACCUAUUUGGGAGCCGAAAGGACCGGGAGUGGGACCUGGCUGGACAGAUCCAGUGGCUACGUGGGAAGACGUGCGGUGCUGUCCUACCACUGGUCUGCUGCACCAGCCCUGACCCCAGCGACUUCAACACCGUGCUCUUCACGCCUCCCGAGGGGUUCGCGCGCGGCAACCAAGGCCCACUCUCAGAGGACCAGCUGUGCGAUAUGAUCGAGGUCUGGACGGCCAUGGCUUCUUUGCUGGAUUUCCUACGGGUGCAGACGUCCCAUGCGCGCCGGUAUGGCGUGUUUAGCGAGACCGGUAUUACUCCCGGAGACAAGCAGCAAGAAGAGUCCAUGCUAAGUAUGUUCCCUCUGCUUUCGAUUAUUCGCCCCCUGACACAUCUGACAUGGGACACAUUAACUUACCUAUUGUAUAGGCGCCUGGCUCGACUUUAUUCUUACUCUUGGGCCGGCCGCGGUCUUGGAGCUGGCGCAAUCUGGGCGCAGGUUCGGUCCUGA